GUCCCGUCCAUCACGGUCACACACGCCAUCCACCGGACUCCAGACUCUCCCUUACCCCGGGUGCUCUUCACCCCCUCCGUCUGCCCCAACCGCUGCCGGUAUUUCAUCACGAGGGACGUAGCAUAAGAGACAGGGACAGAGACGUCCCAAGAGACUCUGGGAGAAAAGGAGCAAUAGAGGGGACGAGUCUGCUGCCGAGGAAGAAAGUGUGCCCAAAAAGCGAGGUCGGCAUGGAUACGGAAGGGCAAGGUCGCACGUCGGCGACACCCACGUCUGCAACAGCGACGGAACCCAAAGAGGAGGAGGUCAAGGCUGCUGUUGUAUCGGGGGAGGUCUGCGAGAGCAUCAAGAAGGGCAUGCGGAUAAUCAGCGACAUAGAGAAGACGCGCGCGGACGGCAUGGUAUUUAAAUUUGAGCUGGAUCUUAUGUAUGCGCUGGCAGGAGAGAAGGCCACCGCACGCGCUCCGCCGGGGCUAUGCUUGGCGAAUUGUCAACGCGCUGCGUGCAACAAGACGGAGGAGCCCACGGGGCGUCCGUUUUGCUGCUGUUCCAAGUGCGGCGCCAAGUACUGCAGCCGGGAGUGUCAGGUGAGCGACUGGAAGAAGGAUCAUAAGGCCAUGUGCGGCCAGCUGAAGGAAAUGCGAGGCGGGGACGCGGGGGGUGGCCGGGCGCCGCUCGACAGAGAGGGCGUGGUGGCGAGGGUUCUCGGGCGGGUGCGGCUCUACCUGUGCCCGUUCGCGGUGUGCCACGGGGAGGCGCUCGGUAGAGGCUUCAUUUUCGUACAGACACCGAAUCCAGUGCUGGAGCUGGAGUACCUGCGACCCGUCAACAGCAACGGGCGCAGGCUUGACCGCAGCAUCAUCCUCCACUUUCUGAGCAUGGGAGAGUUCGUGGACGCCGUUCUGCAGGACGACUUUGAACUCGGGGUGAUUAGAAGUCCCCUUGAGGCCGCCGUGGAGUCUUACGACACCAAGGCCGAGAUGGUGGUGCUGUUUAGGGCCCGCUGCGGCUACAUGGCGGUCGUGGUCGUGCCGCUCGUGCCGGGGUGGGCCGUGUGCCGCCAGCUGGGGCUGGAGUACAAGGAUAAGGACGCGCUGCAGCUCAAUCUCGACGACACAGAUUGAUUAAUGGUACACAGUCGUUAUUGUCUCUUGACGCAACAAACACAAUAAAUCAGAUCGCCGGGGUAACAGGCACAUUGCGCUUGCAUGUGUAUGCAUCCGGCUUGGGUGCGCGGCGGGGGGCGGGGCACCGAGGAGGAGGUGUACACUCUGGUGUGGUGUCGAGGGCAAGCGUCCGGCCGUGGGAUUCCGACUGCCCUUAUCGGUCGACAUGCCAGAUAUCUGACGUCGUUGCACCAGCGGCGGCCGGUGACGCUCCUUUCAUUCUCCUUGUCAUCGCGAGAGCCUGGGGUUCGGGGCGGGGGAACCAGUAGCGGUGGUGCCGCUCCCUGAAAUGUUAGUAGGUAGCCCUCUUUUUUGAAGUAUCGUGGUUUGCCUUUUUCACGAGGGUAGAGGCCCGCGCGGUUCCGGUGGCGUGGUGUGUUGCCGUUGGAAGGUGUCCAGCAUCUAUUUUGUUGCGCGCAGUUUGUGUGUUGUCGUCUUUCCCAUUUGGUUGAAUGUUCUUUUCCCUCUUAUGUUUCGUGACGACGCAGGAUCUUUUUGUGCCUCCCCUUCCAACGGAGGAUAGACAGCUGUUGCAAAGAGCAAUUCCAUCGAAAAAGGGCGACCUAGUAGAUUCCUUCGACCACCACCUCCACCCCGAAGCGGUGCUCGUUAUCAGAUGUGUCCUUCCUUCGUGUUGUCGCCUGUGGCCCCCGGGGGAGAUUGUCAUGCCCACGAUUGAUUGCAUCACAUGGUCCUGGCGCAUGUUCACCGUCGCACUUGAUUGAAUUGAGAACCCAAAACGAGCACACUGCGGCGUGCCCUCCAUGGAGACUGCGUGCGAAGAGGCGGGAUUCUUCCUUUUGCCUGCUAACGCCCCCCCGUUCAUUUGAAAGAA